CUCAGCUCGUAGUGUAUUGUGAAUGAAAGUAGUAUGAACUUGUGGAACUGGCAUUGAGAGCAGUAAAGUCUGUUACCGCGAAAGCUAUUAAUGUGUUUUUAGUUGAAUUUUAAUUAUAACAUUAUUAAAAAAAUCUAAAUAGACUUUGACUGCAUAAAUCUUUCUAAUAGAGUAUUUAAUUCUGUCUAUGAUUUUGAAAUUUUACCGGCUACGAUCACUUUUGUGAAGUAAUCUUUGUUUCUGUCGUUGCGGCUGGCUAGUUUUUUUGAUUUUAGCUAGCACACAAAACUGUUAAUGGAACCUACGAGUCUACCAUUCGACUUUCUCGUUCUGUGAUCUAAUAUUUCUUUGUGUUUUUUGUUUCUUUAAUUUUUCAACAUUAUGCCUUUGUGUGAGCGAAAACCAUUUAAAAGGAUUAAACCUCCUAAAGAUUUACGUCCAAAUGAAGAAUUAUUUUACAUUGCAACAACUCAAGAAGUAUUUAGAAAUUACAAUGAUUUUUUUGAACGUGUAAUUCAUAUUAACAGUCUGAUAUGGUCAUGUUCAAUGACUGGGAAGUCUGGUUUAACUUAUCAAGAAGCCUUAGAUUCUGAAGCUGAAGCGAGAGACAGUUUAAAAUUAUUUCCACAUGCACUCAAGAAGCCAUUACUGUAUUUGGCUUCUCUGACGGAGCGAAAAAGGCUUAAUGAUCUGUGUGAUGAUGUGUUUAACUAUGUUAAAGACAGAUAUUUCAUUGGUGAAGAAGUCGAAGUUACAGUUAAUGGUGUAAAGCGUAGCUGUGAAGUGACGCAAGUUAUUCUUCCAGAGCGUGCUGUGAAAACUCCAUCGAAAGCUGAAAACUCUAAACCUCGUAAGCAAAAAGAUAUUGCUCCUUCUAAGAUUAAAUAUGAGGUUGUUGAUUAUGGCUCAGGAAGAACUUCUGUCGUCAAAGCUGAUAAUUUAAGUCGACCUAAAGGGACUUUCACCAAACCCAAGAAUAAAUUAUACCUUAAGCAGCAGACUCAACCCAAAGAUGGCUCUUGGAAAGUAAAGGAUGCUGUAAUGGCUAAGCAAGAGAUAGAGGAGUUCAAUUUCGAAGAAGUUCAUUGCGGUCCUCUACCCAGUUAUGUUAAAGAAAAAUUAGUUCCAACUCCAAAAAAAUCUCAACCAGCUCAAGAGAAGUCUCUUAAAGGUUCUGCAAAGAAAGCUGUCAAUGAUCAAACUGGUAAGAAAACUGUACAAGGCAAAUUAAAUUUCAAGAAAGAGUCCGUUGAGGAGAAAAAUAAAAACGUUCAGAAAGAAGCUCUGCUAGAAAAACAAAGAAUUGCUGAGGAAAAGGAACGGCAAAAAAAGAGAGACCUUAUUAAGAAACAAAUCGAGGAAGAAAAAGAGAAACAAAGAACUGAAAAGAUAAAUGAACGACUCAAAAAGAAAGAAGAAAAGCGUAUAAUGGCUGAAUAUCUAAAUUCUUGGAAAAAGCCCAGAGAUGAUUUGGAAUGUGAUGACUUAAAAGAUUUACCAGUGCCAAUGCCUGUUGAUUGUGGUAUUCCUCAGAAAUGUGUUGGAGAUUCAUUAAUGAUUCUUGAAUUUUUAUCUACCUUUGAAAAACAGAUAUCUGUAAAAGAUGUGUUUCCUCAAGGCUGUACAAUAGAACACAUAGAGAAAGCCCUUACAGAAACAGACAUUCAAGGUGUUUUCAACGAUUUGUUGCAACUUUUCCUUACUGCUAUUUUUAAGUAUCAAGAAGCUGAUGAUGAUGUGAUUGAUUUUAAAGAAAAAGUAUUUCAAGGUUUAGACAAUUUGACUUUGGAUAAAGCAGCUGAAGUAGGAUCUAUCGUAAUGAAUUGGCCGCAAAAACAGCAUGGUACUCAUUUGAGAAAUAUACCUCUUGAUUCAUUUUCCAUCACUGAAAUUUUGAGGUUACACAUCCUUUCCUCUGGUGGAAAACCACGUGUCAAUUGGCAAGGCAUUGUUGGCAGAAGUGAAGAUCCAGGAUUAUUCUUUAAAGUCGAAGAAACUGAGUUACUAAAGAAAUUAGAAUCAUCUAGUGUAUUUGAUUUAGAUUGUGAAGAGAAAUGCAAGAUUAUAAAUUUACUAAUGAACCAGCUUUUGUGCACUGAUGUACUUAAAUAUGCUAUUGAUGAAAAUGCAGACAAAACAAGACCACUUAGACAUCAGUUGAAACAACUUCGUUGGGCUUAUUCUCGCAAGGAAAAAGAUGUCUCUAGUAAAAAGAAACCACAAAUUAAAGAAAUCAAAGAAGGUGAUAGUGAAGAGCCACAAGAAGUAACUCCUGUUCCUGUCGAAGAAGAGGAAAAAGAGAAUGCUGAUAAUUUGUCACCUGAAGAAAAGGCUGAACUUGAAGAGAAGAAGGCUAAAGAGGCAGCUAAACAAAAAGCUGAAUUUCAGCGCAAAGAAAGAGAAAUUGAGCAACAGAUUCGUAAGCUUCAGUCCUCUUUCAAUGUGGCUCCUCUUGGGCGAGAUCGGGCAUAUCGCAGAUACUGGGUAUUCCAAACUGUGCCUGGUAUCUUUGUUGAAGAUGAUGAUGAUUUCAAAGGUUCCUGCCUUCCAAAAUUAACAAUUCAAAACCCGUAUCCAAAUGCAAACAAUACAAAAUCUGAAACAUCAACAAAUAGCAUAAAAAAAUAUCUUCAAAAUAUUGAAACUAAAAGUGCAAGUAGUGACAAAGAAAAUGAAAUUCUGAGGGAGAUAGCUAUUGUGCAGAGUGAGUUUCCUUUCCCGACCAAAAAUAGGAAACUCACAGAUUUAAAUCCUCGAGUGGAUUUAAAGAAAGGCGCUACCAAUGAUAUCAUGACUGUCACUGAAGAUGAAGGCUGUUUGUUGUGUAAAAAUAAGGUUGAUGUUCAAGGUGACAUCAAUUGGUAUUGUCCACAUUCAAAGAACAAUUUACCUACAGAUCAAUGUAGUGCUAAUAUAGACACUUGUCCCGUUCACAACACUAAUGCUCCUCGCAUGAAAUGGGCAUUUUUUUAUAAAGAGGAAGAUAUUGAUGAUUUAAUUGGUAGUUUGAACUCUAGAGGGUUUAGAGAAAGAUCUUUAAGAGAAGCACUUCUCAGUGAGAAAGAGCAUCUAAAAGAAACUAUUGCUAAAUGCCCAUAUAACUCUUUUAAUAAGAUGCUCAUUCCUGAGGUCAGGAAAUCACAAAGAUUACAGUAUCAAAAAUCUAGCUAUGCAGAUAUGACCCCUCGACAAGCACUAGAAUUGACUAUUCGUGAUAUGAUACUAGAAUUAGAACAUAGAAUAUCUGCUGGUGGACUUGGUUCUCUUAAGAUUGAAAGUCCAGAAAGUUGGAGGACUGCUAUUGAACAAGGAGCACUUCACCUUCAAAUUGAUAGAGCCAGCAAGGAUAAAGACUGUGAUGCGACUGUAAAAGAGGAGAUAUCUUUAGACAUAAAAAAUUUUACCUCACCCAUUCCAUAUGAACAAGCUAUUAAAGAUCUUGCUCAAGCCACACUUCAGCUUUCACAAGGCAUUGAAGCAAAGUACUUAAAUUCACCACUUGGGGAUAGUGACGAUAAAAAGUCAAAGCAAAAAGUAUCUGAAGAUACUGAAUCUCAAAAGAAAAAAAGUUUACCAAUUAAAAAGUCGCCUUUGGAAAGGUGGCAGGAGUCUUUAUUGCAAUGUAAAAGUCUUUCUCAACUCUAUGUUCACUUGGGCACUCUUGAAAGGAGUGUAGCAUGGUCUCGAUCUGUUCUUAAAGCCCACUGUAGAAUUUGCAGGCGACGAGGCGAUGGUGAAAACAUGCUAUUGUGUGAUGGGUGUAACAGAGGUCACCAUUUAUAUUGUUUGAAACCUCCCUUAAAGGCUAUUCCAGAAGGUGAUUGGUUUUGCCUUGCUUGUAAACCAGUUGAAAAAAUUGCCAGUCCACAGAAAAAAUUAAAGAAGGUAGAAAGUGAUAGUGAAGAAGAGCAAUCAGAUGAUGAUGAAGAUGUUGAAGAGGAAGAAGAAAGUGAAGAAGAAGCCGAUGAAAGUGUGGCUGAGAAUGAGGCUAUUGUGCAAGAAUCCUGUGAAAAAUGUGGAGAUGUUGGCACACUUCUUUGCUGUGAUAGGUGUCCUCUUAUGUACCAUCAAGAAUGUGUAAAUUUAAAAAGAAUCCCUCGUGGAGAAUGGUUGUGUCCUAAGUGCACUAAGAAAGAGGAAGCUCUUAAAAAAGCACAGAAACACCGUAAGUCCGCCAGUGGAUCAUAUGGUACAAGGUCUUCCUCUCUAACUUCAGACAAUAAAAAGGGAAGCAAUCCAUUAAAAAAUAAACCCAUUUCAAAAGGUACGAAACGAAAAUAUGAAGAUUCCUUUGAAGAGGAAUUUGAACCCCCCACUAAAAGGUCAAAUAGAGAGCGAAGGUCUCGUACUGAAAAUGCUGACGAAAAUGAAAAUCCCUUUAGAAAAGUUUAUAGAGAUUCGGCUCUAAAUGCAGCUCGGCGGAGAUCUAAAACUGGAAAUGGAGACGGCAUGCUGGAUUACAAAGCAUGUAUUGAUUUGCUGGCAGAAUUGAUGCGCCAUCCUUCAAGUUGGCCAUUCAUGGUCCCUGUUAGCAAGAAAGAUGCUCCAGAUUACCAUCUAAUAAUAAAAAGGCCUAUGGACUUCGGAACAAUACGAUCAAAGCUUAACUACAUGGAGUACAAAAAUAAUGAAGACUUUGUGCGUGAUAUUUAUCUUGUUUUGCAAAACUGUGAGUGGUUCAAUCCGAAAGGAAGUGAUGAAGCCAAAGCUGCACAAAUACUGUACAAAGAAGUGAAAAAACUUUUAGACGAAUACGAGUUAGAUAAUCCUUAUGCUUCUUACAAACAAAUUCCCAAUGUAAAUGAUGACGAAGAAGAUGAUGAUGAAAAUGAGGAUGAAAAUGAGGAUGAUGAUGAAAAUGAGGAUGAUGAAGAAAAUGAGGAUGAUGAAGAAAAUGAGGAUGAGGAGGAUUAAACUGUAUUAUAUAUCUAUUUAUGUAAUUUAGAAUGAAUAUAUCUUGCUAUUUAGACUUAAUGUUGCACGUCAAUUUAUGUUUGUCCACAUGUCCCAGCAUUUUAAAAUUUAGUAAUAUCUUUCCUUUCAAUCAUCAUGAUUUCUGCUCUUAGAGCUGUGUUGUGUGAUAUAAAUUGUUAAUUGUUUGGAAGCAUGUUCGCUCCAUGCAAUCCCAGUAAACCUAAGUAUUGAUUUUAGUUUUAUAAAUGCUAUUUAUUAUAUCAUUCACAUGAAUUAUUCAAUACUUAUGUUGACCUUAUCAUAAUUUUUUAUUUUACUCAUCCUUUCCUUCUGAAUCUGGAGGUUGAAUUAGAUUCAAUGGUGUAUUAUAUUAUUUAUAAAUUAAAAUAUCACAAAUAAAUUGUUACAUAAAAA